AUUUUCUAAAUAAUUAAAAAUUUAUAUAUAUUUAUGUCGCAGCCUAUUGUAAACAAAAACAAAAGAGAAAAUCAAAUUGAAAUUCUUUUUUUUAAUUAAAUUAUCGUCGACUCGUUUUCACUCGUUUUAUAACCUCAAAAUUUUCGAAAUCAUGAAUGACAAAUUUUCAGUCAGAAAACGCAAUCAAACUAAUAUUCUCUAUUAAUUAUCCGAAUAGAAAAACGAAAAUGAUUUCAAGAACGUUUUUAUCUCCCUCUGAAGAGUUUCUUAACGACAUUGAUUCACUUGCAAGGAAAACAUUACUGAACAAGCAGGAAGCAGUAUGUUUUGGAUCCAAAUGUCCUCGAGAUAUGUUCACCAGAAAAGGGAUGAAUUCUUUCAUGAAAUACUAUUCCAAAGACGAAUAUCCAAAUAUUUCACCAUGCAGUUAUAAUGUUCUUGAAUCGUAUAAAAGUAUUCAUACUAAGCCAUGUUUAGGUGCCAUAAGUAAAAGAGGUUUCAGUGGUCCAGCGAGAUUUGCGAUUAAUUCCAAAUCUUGUGAGAAAUCACCAGCUCCUUGUGAUUACAGUCCAACAAUUAAAUUUUCAUCUGACAAGAUAGAAUCAAAAGCUCCAUUUUCCAGUUCAUCGAGGAGAAAAUCCUUUUUGAUGAAUAAAAAUCCAGGACCUGGUUUGUAUAAUCCUUAUGAGAAAGAACGAAGUAUAGCCUUCAAUCACAGUUUCGGUGGACGAAAGAAAAUCCAAUUUCCAGUUGAAAUAAAAUGUUGUAGCCAAAAUAAUGACACUUGUAAAAUCUGCGAGGAAAAACCUUUAGGAGAUUACUGGCAUCGAAAAAAUAAAGUUUUCCUCUGCAGACAGUGCAUGUUGGAAGAGCAGAAGAAUCAUUCGAAAUUCACAAGGAAGGAACUUUCUCAAUUUUCCAAACUGCGGGACUGCUCUGGAAUACAUUUACACGAAGGAACCACUGCAAAAAUUUGGUUGGUCCAUCCAAAACAAAUUAUAAAGUCUGUUCGUAAAGAGGCUUACCUCUCGUGCUUUUUCGAAUCUAAUUUUCGAUAAAUCUUGGUUGUCUUGGUAACGUACAUUUAAAAGAAUUUACUAUAUAUUUAUCCAGUUUUCCACUUUUCAUUAAUAAAAGUUAUAAAUAUUAAUGAAACCUACUUUUAUACUUUUAUAAUACGUGACGCUCUCCAGAGAAAUGAAUUGUAGAUGAUUGUAUUUUUUAUUGUGAACAAUAGGAUCAACUGUCAAGACUGUCAAUAUAAACCAUUGUUCCAAGUCUUCAUUAAAUCCAAAAUAUUCGAUAAAAACUGAUUUUAGUUUUAAAUUUUAUUAAACACAGAAGGUUUUAAUUUUUAAUUAUAAGGUGAAAAUGACACAAACAUAACCCAGACUUCGCACUCGAUAAUUAAUUUUAAAAAAGUAGCAAAAAGUAACUUUCAAACUUAAAAAAGUAGUAAAAAAGUAUCCAUUGAAAAAU